ACACGAUGCCUGGCGCAACACGCGUAAUAGGACUGCGCAUGCUCAAUUGCCGGUUUAAUCUUGCUAAAUCAUUCUUGCAUUCUUCUAGAAUAUUCUAUAUUAUCAACAAUUUACUCAUUUCGAAGACCGUACGCAACGAAGCUUUAUUUGGAAUAAUUUGACAAAAUCGACAAAUCGGUUGAAUUUUAAGUACAUAGCACAACAUCGAUCCUUUGAAAGGUUUAAUCUCGGAGCCAGUGCCUCUCUUCGUGCAGUUCAUUAUCUUUGUCAAAGAACUUUCUUUGUUUUCAAGAACUGAUAAGGAAACUCUGCUGUCUACGAUCGUCAAUUUUUAGUCAAGUUUACCCCAAUUUGUUGGACAUUUAAUAUUUACAAUCUAAUUUGGUAGUAAAGAAGCGGUUGAGGCAUUACGAAAUUUUGGUGACUCAUUCGAUCAUAGGCCUCACCAUGUGGAAAAAACAACUUACUAACGGACUCGUACAACUUGCAAUCUUGCUUACUGUUUUGAAGUUGAGGAACGUCAAUGAUUUAAAUGAUUUGCUGAACAUUUCAAAUAAUUAUCCAGAAAUUCGCGAGUUCAUCGAAGGACCUACAUCAGCUUUCACGCAGACGUUUUCCUAUCCCCUUUCAGAAUCAUAUCCGCACCCCAAGAUAUUCAGAAAUGAUUAUGAAAAUAUUUUGAAUGAAAUUUACGAUUUAACAAACUACGAUGAGCAUGUGAUAUCAAGAGGACACCGAGAUAUGACUACGUUGUUGAUGGUCGAAGCACAAAACGGUGCGACUGGUGGUGAAGUGGAAGUUGCGGGCUCGAGUACAGCUUCCAGUAAUGCACAAAACUUGUCAAAUUUUACCGACGGAUUAGAUAUUUUUCCUGGAACUUCACUAACUAAAGAUGAUAUCAAUUUGAUUGAUGAUCUAUGGCAACAAGAAGAAAUUGAUUCAGAAACAAAUUCAGAAAAUGCGGUCGCUUCACUCCAUCAGAAGGGCGCUUAUUCAUUUCUAGACACGUUCACUCCUGUUUUGGACAAGUUUGAGACAAAGGAGCCAUUUCUUGGCAAACCGGAUGCUUUAUUUCAAUCCACAAGUGAAUCUUCAAGAUAUCUGUCGGCGAAAACCAAUGAUUCAUUCGACGAACUGGGAAUUCAACCCACAAAUGAGAACAAAGGAAAUGAAUUGCAAGAUUUUUUGAAUGCUAAUUUCACAACCAACACAGAUGCUUUUGGAAGUUCUAUUCCAGAAGAUGUGCUAAUGAGCGACGCCUUUAUAUCUGAUGACCAAGAGACACCAUUAGAUAAUCUAUUGCGUGAUUUAGACGCCGCCGAAUUGGAAGUUACUACUCCAGAAAUAGAAAACAUAGCCUCUAACUGGGGCUUGGAUAUGAUUCCAAACUCGCCUGAAGCAAAUCAAGAUGAAUCCAACAUAAAAGAUGAUAGUUCUGAUAGUGGGGUAUCAAGUAGAGGAAGCACAACCAGAUUUUCCCCAACUGAAGAACACUUAGAGGACAGUCGCUUACCUCUUUAUUCAAUUUCCAACCCACCUUCAGAUAUUUUAUCUCUUGCUUCCGAUUACACUGACACCGAGCCGUUAGAAGCUAAAGUAUCUCAUUAUCAAUAUGAAAACUCUACCAAAUCUGAUGAUGAAUCUGAAUUGGAGGAAAUGGGGGCUUAUGGCGGCGUUGAUCCUUCUUGGAUUCAACACGAUCACCCAUAUUCUACAACCGAAAGUCAACAUGUUCAUCGACAAAUGACUGCCCAGAGACAUCACUCUAUUGUCAAUACCAGGAGGCCAAGGCAACGUUCUAUGUCUGCUGCUCCAAGAAGAGCUCUUCCUGAGCCAGUUAAUGUUCAAAAACACACAAGAUCUCGAGAUGAGAAGAAAGCUAAGGCUAUGAAAAUACCAUUAACUAUUUCACAAAUUGUUAAUUCAGCAGUUGAAGAUUUCAAUGAUUUGAUCGCUGAUCACCAUCUCACUGAACCCCAAUUGCAACUUAUUCGAGAUAUCCGCCGAAGAGGAAAAAAUAAAGUUGCUGCUCAAAAUUGUAGGAAACGCAAAAUUGAAGUAAUUGAUCAUUUGGAAAAAGAGGUUAAUACUUUAAGGCAAGAGAAAACAAGUCUAGAGAAAGAAGAGGACAUGCUGAAAAGGCAGGUAGAAGAAUCUAGGAGAAGAAUUGAAGAAUUGUCUGCUAGUCUAUUUAACGAAAUACCGAAACCUUAUGAAGGGACUGAUAGGCCAGGAGACUACACUCUUGAACAAACAGAAGAUGGUAGACUCUUUAUGAUGCCAAAGGAGUCUACAGAAAAAACUAGACAAUCUAAAAGUUCAAGGAAAAGGAAAGGAAAGAAGUAA